GACGCCCUGCCCUCCAUUCCUCGUCACCGAAACCCUUCCUAGUGAGGAGGGAAAAAACACACUUCCUCACAGCGCACGUCCCUGCUGCUGCUGCUGCUGUUGCUGGGGCCAGAUGAAAGCCACACAGUAUUCUUCAAGCAUGCGACAUCAGCUGCUAUCCAACAGAUUUUCGGUAUCGUAAUCGUUCCCCUCCAAAAAACAAAAACGGAUAUGCUUCUUCCGGGAGGGAAUAAAGCAGAGACGCAGAGGAGCACAUCAUGAGAGAGGCGCCGCGGAUUCUCAGGAUAUACGGACUGAACCGGAUGGACUGCUUUCCCCACAUUUUAUUCACAGAUCGGGAAACAGGCACACGUGUUAAAGUUGAUGGCAAGGAGAAGAGUGAUGGUCACACUUUCAGUCCACGCAUUAGCUGAACAUCUUCUCACCGCGACUUCCUAUCAGACAGGUUGUGGUUGAGGUGAAGGUACAGCUGUAGCUGGAAGAAGUAAACACCUUAACGCAGAAGCUCUGGAGAUGUCGGUCCACCAUGGCACGCUGCUUUGUCUGGGCGUGCUGAUGAUGACUGCUGGGGCGGUCAUGGCCCUUGGUGGAGGGGUCCAGCCGCCAGGCCUGCUCUUUGGACUUGGGCUGCUCCUGGGAUUGGGGGGCAUAGGUCUGCUGGUCAGUGGACUCUGCAUGGCCAUGAAGAAUCUUCAGAUUGCUGUGCCUGGACACUUUCUGCUGCACCCACGGACAGGCACACGCUUCAGCCCACAGCAGGCUCUGGCAAUACAAAGGAGAUUGGACAGAAUACGUCGCGAGAUGUCGGCGGACACUGUCAACAGGUCACCAGAGCCUGAACCCACCAUGCCGUCCACCCCUCCGCCGUGGACCAUGGAGCCGCCUCCAUCCUACGACGCAGUGAUGAAAAGCCAGGAGCGCAAUGAACAGCUUUAAGCUCAGGUGGACAUGCUAAAUUCAUGUCAGUGCCUUUUGUGUCCGCGGUUCUCCACAAGGACUUUGAAAGAACAGCCGGUGCUAUCAGUGAACUCGUUGCAGCGGGACGUUUAGGUGCCUUAGCACAGACACGCUGAUCCCAAACAUAAGACAAAAAACAGCGACAGGCUGCAGCUGGUUAACAACUUAAUAUUUUUACAGACUGGGCCCCAGUUUGGCCUUUUUGUCUAAUAACUAUGUGUGUUCUGACUGAUUGUGAAAGAAAUUGAAAUGAUUACUACAACUGCUUUUACUCUUUGUACUAAGGGGGGGCUUUCUUGAGACCAACAUGUUGUAGGCUCAACUUUUACAACCAAGUUCAUGGAUGGAUUUUAUUGGCCUGCAUGAAUUUAUGUGACCUACUACUGUGGCUGCAUGGCACUCUUCUCCACACGUAAUAACUUUCUUUUUUCCCCCUUCUCACGGCUGCACAGCUCCUCUUUGUAUCUGUAGAAUAUUCCAAAGCAAAGUGCCUUACCAAACAGCAGCAGAACCUUAACAGGGAAGUGUUGUUCAUCACUCAGCUUUGUUUAUACUGUUGUGAUUUCACUAUAAAUGUGAGUGAAUUAUUAGCCACGAGGCUCCCUGCGAGUGGUGUUGCACUUAUAAAUGAGAGAUUGUUUAUUUUAAAAAGAAAUUAAUGCCAGAAAGGCAAAGAAUGUAAAUGUCUACAUAUUUAAAAUCAUUUCUAAUCCAAGCAAACAUAAAUGUAGACUCAACUCUGUUCCCAAGCAGAGCUGUGAGACUCAUUUUGCCAGCAGCUUGAGGCAAGGUGACUUACCAGGUACAAGUACACGCCUGCAAUUGUAUACCCGACUUGGGCAGGCUGUCUGCAGGCUGUAAUAAUCAGCAGAGUGGAACUCUAACUGAGUUUUCUCCACCCUCACCUUCAAGCCCUGAAACUGUACCAGACAGAUUUUUUCCUUUCUGCGUGACAGGUGCCUCGCUUUGAGACAAGGCAGCA